UCAAAAUGGAUCGUCCAAAGCUUGUUGCCGUUCACGCACCGCCUGGUGGUGUGAAGGAAGUGCAGUUGAAGACAUACCGCAAACAGUUGAAAGACAACGUGAAAUCGAUGCUCGACAACUUCACUUCGAUCGUUAAAUCAGCUCAAAUAGAAGACGAAGGCUCGCAAGUAUUGGACAGCACACAGUGUGCACAAGACGCCUACGAGAUGUCAGUCAGAGCGGCGAACAUUGUGAGGUCUGGAGAGUCAUUGCUGAAUCUCGUGUCUAAUCUAAAGGAAUAUCUUGUACUGAAUGACUUUCCAUCACUCAACGAGUCUAUUAGUCGUCGAAGGUUACAGUUGCAGCAGAUGCAGUCGAAAACGGAGAGAAGUCUCAGGCAACUCAGAGACGACGUUAGUGCACAGCUUUAUGAGAUGGAGACUGCAUACUACUCGUCACAAUACAGACGUGGAUAUGAUGCUGAUGAUGAAGGUUCUGAUGUAAGACAUAAACAAGGUGAAGAGGCGAUAGCCAUGCAGUAGCUAGAGCAUUAUAUGUGGAUGUAUGAUGUUGAGUAGUCGUUAAUUAAUUAAUUAAAGUGAUUGGGUAAGAUGUAGUGCUACAGUGCGUUAAACAUGUUUUGUUGGUAGGACAAUAUUAUCUUAUUAGGAAAUACAUUAAUAUGCAAAUUUUGUCACGUGGCACGUGCUG